CUAUACUAUACAUUUAGCUCGGACUAUACAACACAAGACAAUACAGACAAUAUAUGACAGUAUCCAUGCCACACAGAGUCGUGGAAGAAGUCUCCAUGAAAAAUGUAACCAUAAAUGGAUAAAAUGUACAUCAUGUCCUUCUUUGGACAUUGUGCCCGGUGCAGCUCAAUGGGAAAAGUGUAGCCAUGUUCAGCUUCGAGGGAGAUUUCAGGCGGACGCCCAAAGUGUCCUUUGGAGGGGCAAGUAAUAAGGAACAGAAAGCGUCACUUCUUCACCGGACGCAGGAGGAAAGACUCAAGCGAGAGGUUGAUAGGAGAAGGCUGAAAAAUGCAAUAAUCAUCCAGUCUUACAUUCGAGGCUUCCAAGAGAGAAAACGUCAAUAUGGCAUUCAGCGGAGCUAUUUCGACCACUGUGUGUGUGAGAGUCAGUGUUCUUCCGGAUCCACACUCCCGGACUCUAGUCUGCUCACCCUGCUCAUCCGCCAUCUGCUCUUCUUCUAUGACAACAGCAAGGACAUACCCCGGCUGAUCUGGCUGUGUCAGAAUGUCUUGAAGCAUCAUGCUCAGUUUGUGAAGCUGCUGGCCGGACCUGAGAGAAGCAUGUGCGUGUUCCAGAUCAAGAGGCUUCUUGGACAAUGCUGCAGACUCCUGCAGCUGUGUGAGGAUGAAGGUGUGAAUGUGGCUGUCCCCAUGCACAUGCUGGAGGUGUUUACCUCAGAGAGGACCUACCUACCCCCUCUGCAGGACGACAGCACAGCUGCUGCGCUCAUAGAGCAGGUUUUGCACUAUAUGGUUCAGAAAGGAUACUACAGGAUGCUGUACGUAUUGGCCAAUCACAAGUUACCGUCCAGUCUGGAUUACAGUGACGCCCCCUCGCUUCCUCUGGCAUACACACUGCUGGAACACACACUCAAACCACUGCACUUUAUGUACAGCUCCUGUCCCAAGGGUGCCAGGCAGUUAGUGUUCUCAGCCUUUACAGAAGACUUCAUCUCUCCUCCAUUCACUGAACAGAUGUUUCACUUUUUCGUGCCGGCGCUGGCAGACCGAAGACUCAGUUUCCCGUUUCAAGACUUCCUGUUCUCCCUGCAGGCCACCAUCUCCUUGUCAGACCAGGCCCAGUGUCAUGCCCCAUGGCUCUUCUACUUUGUUCUGUCACUCGGUGAAAUGGGCCUCGGCUCUCUGUCAGAAGAAGGGCUGCUGUUGUAUCUGAGCUCUCUGCAGGCUCUGCUCCCUCUGCUUCCUGUGAGUGAGAGCGACACCAGUGAUGACAUUGCAAGUGACUCUGUGGAUGAAGAUAACAACUCUACACAACCUCCUCCUGUACAGGAUGACAACAGGAUGUCAGUGCAGUUGAUCACACAGCUGUGUAUGCAGAAGUUGGACUCAGAGCUGCAGACGAACGCUCUGCUGUCACUGGUGUUAAGAGACUCGUCGAGCGAGGACAUCUUCAUCAUGAUGGCAACUAUCUGCUACACCCUCAUGGUGCAGCACUGCAAGAUGGUGUCCAAAGUCAGGCUACUGUACAGUUUGGCCUUCAACGCUCGCUUCCUCAGACACCUGUGGCACUUGAUAACGUCCAUGAGGACCAAAAUGAUCACAGGGUCUCUGGUGCCGUUGCUGCAGCUGAUGUCUCGUGGCUCUCCCAUGUCUGCUGAGGACUCCAGCAGGAUCAUCCCUCUCAUCUACCUUUUCAGCUCCCUGUUCAGCCACUCGCUUAUCUCUAUCCAUGACACCGAGAUCUUUGGGGAAGCCAUGGAUGGUCAGAGGCAGGCGUCCAUGUUGCCGUUCUCUCUCCCUGAGUUGGUGACUCUGUCACGAUGUUUGCGUGACGCGUGUCUGGGGAUCAUCAAGCUGGCGCAUCCCAGGGCUAAGAACGGCCACAGCGAGGAAUAUGCAGCCGCUUUCCGCAGCGUUGGUGUCAAAACCAGCAGCCAAGUGCAGCAGAAACGCUGGGUCCAGCUGUUCAAGGUGAGUGCCAACCUAGUGAAGAUGUUGAAGGCGAGGGACAUCAGCAGGCCGUUCUGCCCCAAGGGUCACUGGCUGUCCGACGAGGUCCAGAUCAAUGCUGAUAAGGUCAUUUUGUACAUUCCUUCUGCUCGACAAGUGUGGAGGACAAGGCGUAUGGACCAGUUCGAUCUAAAUCAUGAGAUAGUCCUGGCUAAGCUGCCCUUUGUCGUACCCUUCAUGGACAUAGGGAAGGACUUCCAGAGGAUGAUCCAUGCUAAUAAAAAGCCUAAAUGUAUGCACAAAUUUUUAAGUAGUAACUACAAGGAUACAUAUAAAAAAUUGUCUCCGGAGAAAGAGCACAGACACCUGGCCAUCCUCAAUGAGCUGCACUUUGUCGUCCCCUUUGAGGAGAGAGUGAAGAUGUUUCAAAGGCUGAUCUACGCUGAUAAAGGGGAUGUACAGUGGCACAUCUCUUUCAUCAACAUCACCAUCCGGAUGAACUACAUCUACGAGGAUGUAUAUGACAAACUGUCUCUGGAGAAAGAGCCUGAUCUAAAGAAACGUAUCCGGGUGCAAUUGCUUAACGAUCACGGCCAGGAAGUCAGAAUUGUCGGAGGAACGAUAUGCUGCAGGUUUUUCAGUGAUCUGCUCAAGUCAGGGUUCCAUCCCAACCAGGGCUUUUUCAGGACCACCGACGAGGGUCUGCUGUACCCGAGUCCCACGGCCGAGAUGGUCUUUGGAGAGAGCUUCACGCGCCAUUACUACUUCCUGGGCCGGAUACUGGGUAAGGCUCUGUAUGAGAACAUGUUAGUGGAGUUGCCAUUUGCCAGUUUCUUCCUGGCUAAGCUGCUCGGGACCAGCGCUGAUGUGGACAUUCAUCACAUGGCCUCGCUCGAUCCCGAGAUGUACCGGAACCUUCUGUUUCUCAAGAGCUACGAGGGAGAUGUGGAGGAUCUGGGGCUCAACUUCACCAUCGUCAACAAUGACCUAGGAGAGGCUCAGGUGGUUGAGCUGAAGCCAGGAGGGAAAGACAUCCCGGUUACCAUGGCGAACCGCAUUGCCUACAUCAAUUUAGUGGCCGAUUACCGGCUGAACAAACAGAUCCGAGCUCACUGCCUGGCAUUCAGAGAGGGUCUGGCCAACAUGCUCAACCUCGAGUGGCUGCGCAUGUUUGACCAACAGGAGAUCCAGGUUUUGAUCUCUGGUGAUAAUAUGCUUAUCUGUCUGGAUGACCUGAAGAAAUUCACCAAAUACUCAGGAGGAUACUUUCCCACUCACCCAGUCAUCAAGAUAUUUUGGGACGUGGUGGAGAAUUUCAGCAACGAGGAGAAACACAGGCUGAUCAUGUUUGUCACCGGCUUCUCACGUCCUCCUGUGCUGGGAUUUAAAGAGCUCGACCCUGCCUUCUGUAUCCAUAACAGAGGGAACAAUCUGGAGCGCCUUCCCACUGCAGGCACCUGCAUGAACAUUCUCAAUCUGCCCGAGUUCGAUGACCAGCAGCUGAUGAGGAUCAAGUUACUCCAAGCCAUCAAUUUGGUCGAGGGCUUUGAGUUAUACUGAGAGCCGAGUGGAAAGCAGUUGCCAUGGUGACAAACAUGGCGGGAUUUUUAUUAGUAAACAUGAGCCGAAAGGAAACAGAAAGCUUGACACCUUGACAGGCUCGAACACUGAGGAAACCAGUGACACUGAGAUUUGAAUAUAAAUAUUGAACACUGAUGAGGAAGUGACUGUACUGCUCGAAAAAAUUAAAAUAAUAAAUAACAAAAUGAAACAUA